GCGGAGAGAAGCGGCGGGGCAAACCUGGGGCUCUAGUGAACAACGCAGCCGGACGGAGGUCCCUGGCUGGCGGCUGGAGGAAGCGGCCUGGGCCCGGCGUUCCCCGAGAUGUCACGAUGGCUGUGGCCAUGGUCGAACUGUGUGAAAGAGCGUGUCUGCCGCUACUUGCUACAGCACUACUUGGGUCACUUCUUUCAGGAGCACCUCAGCCUAGACCAGCUCAGCCUGGAUCUGUACAAGGGCAGCGUUGCCCUGCGGGAUAUCCACCUGGAGACCUGGUCUGUGAACGAAGUCCUGCGGUCGAUGGAGUCACCACUGGAACUGGUGGAAGGCUUCGUGAGUUCCAUCGAGGUGGCUGUCCCCUGGGCUGCGCUCCUCACUGACCACUGUACUGUAUGUGUAUCGGGCCUCCAACUUAUCUUGCAGCCCCGCCAGGGACCAGGACCAGGGGCUGCUGACUCUCAGAGUUGUUCCUCCUGCAUGACCACAAGCCUGCAGCUGGCCCAAGAGUGCCUGCGUGAAGGGCUGCCAGAACCCUCAGAACCACCUCAGCCCCUGGAGGGGCUGGAAAUGUUUGCACAGACCAUUGAGACUGUGCUUCGGAGGAUCAAGGUGACCUUUCUGAACACUGUUGUAAGGGUGGAGCACUCAGUGGGUGAUGUGGAACGCGGCAUGGCUGUGGAGAUCCGGGUACAGAGCCUGGAGUACUGUGAUGAAGCGGUGCGGGACCCAAGCCAGGCACCGCCUGUGGACGUGCACCAGCCGCCUGCCUUUCUGCACAAGCUCCUACAGCUGUCAGGGGUUCGCCUGCACUUUGAGGAGCUGCCCUCCCAGGUGGACCCGCCAAAGCCCCCUUUGCAGAUUGGUAGCUGCACAGGGUACAUGGAGCUAAUGGUGAAGCUGAAGCAGAACGAUGCCUUCCCAGGCCCCAAGAUGGAGGUAUCAGGACAGCUGGGCUCCCUGCACCUGCUCUUGACCCCACGCCAGCUCCAGCAGCUUCAAGAACUGCUCAGUGCCAUCAACCUUGCGGACCCAGGAGGCCUGGCCGACAAACUAAACAAGAGCCGUCCACUGGGUGCUGAAGACCUGUGGCUCAUUGAGCAGGAUCUGAACCAACAGUUGCAGGCGGGUGCUGUUGCUGAGUCCCUCAGCCUACACCCCAUCACCAACUCCCUCAAUGUGGACAGUACUGACCUCUUCUUCUCCAUGGCUGGCCUCACAAGCAGUGUGACCUCGGCUAUUUCUGAGCUCUCCAUGUACAGUGUAGACCUGGGCUCCUCUGCUCACAGUAACAUGACCUUCCACCGGCCCUCUACCCCAACCCAUUCAGGUGGCAAGACGGCCCCAGCUCCUCUUCCUGACACCAUGCGCCCUGACUCACUGCUGAAGAUGACCUUGGGAGGUGUGACCCUGACCUUGCUUCAGACAGCUGCCCCAUCUUCAGGACCACCUGACCUCACCACCCACUUUUUUGCUGAGUUUGAUGCUGCCAAAGAUGGGCCUUUCAUCUCCCGAGACUUCCACCUCCUCCGGCCACGCUUCCAAAGGGCCUGCCCUUGUAGUCAUGUCCGACUAACAGGCACAGCCGUGCAGCUGUCCUGGGAGCUGCGGACUGGUGGCCACAGUCGGAGGACGAGCAGCACAGAUGUGCACUUCGGGCAGCUGGAGGUGCUGGAGUGCCUGUGGCCCAGGGCCACCUCAGAGCCAGAGUACACAGAGAUCCUGAGCUUCCCCAGGCACUCGGGCUCCCAAGCCUCAGCUCGACCCUGUGCCCACCUGCGCCACACACAGACCGUGCGCCGGGUGCUCAAGAGCCGAUCCCGGCGAUCCGUUGCCUGCCAUUGCCAUUCAGAACUGUCCCUGGACCUAGCUGACUUUCAAGCUGAUGUGGAGCUGGGGUCCCUGGACCGACUUGCUACCUUGCUUCGUCAAACCACCACACCCUCUGAGCCACCCGCUGGCCUGCUAACAGAGCCCCCACAGGCCACCGAGCAGCAGACAGUGUUUCGGCUCUCAGCACCCCGGGCCACCCUUAGGCUACGCUUCCCCAUCCCAGACCUACGGCCUGAGCGGGAUCCCUGGGCUGGCCAGGCUGUGCGGGCUGAGCAGCUGCGAUUGGAGCUGAGUGAGCCCCAGUUCCGUUCAGAGCUCAACAGUGGCCCUGGUCCCCCAGCUCCCACUCACCUGGAACUUACCUGCUCAGAUCUACAAGGAAUCUAUGAAGAUGGAGAGAAGCCACCUGUCCCCUGCCUGCGAGUCUCUAAAGCUCUGGAUCCCAGGAGCACUAGGACCAAGUACUUUCUACCUCAGGUAGUGGUGACCCUGAACCCCCAGUCCAGUGGCACACAGUGGGAGACAGCCUCUGAGAAAGGCCGGGACCUAGAACUGUCCACUGAGAGUCCCUGUGAGCUGCGGCAGCCUGAGCCCUCACCCUUCUCCUCCAAGAGGACCAUGUAUGAGACUGAGGAGAUGGUGAUCCCUGGAGAUCCCGAGGAGAUGAGGACAUUCCAGAGCCAGACAUUGGCAAUGUCCCACUGUACCGUGGAUGUGAUCAUGCCCAGUGCCCACAUCUUCCUGCCCAGCAAGGAGGUCUACGAAAGCAUCUACAACAGGAUCAACAAUGACCUGCUCAUGUGGGAGCCUGCAGACCUGCUUCCCAAGUCCACCACUGCCACUCAGCCACCUGGCUCACUGGGGUUCAGGAUGUGCAAGUCGGCCUUCAAGCUGGACUCAGACUCGGAUGAAGAAGAUACCCAGUUCUUCUCGAUGGCAUCGGGUGCCCCCCAUACUCCUGCCCCUGAGUCUUCCCAUCGUCAGUCCCAGAGUACCUUCUCCACACUUGUGACAGUGCUGAAGGGUCGUAUUACCGCACUCUGUGAGGCUAAGGAUGAGACAGGGAAGCGGCUGGAUGUCACUCACGGGGAGCUGGUGCUAGACGUGGAGCAGGGCACCAUCUUCAGCGUCACCCAGUACCGCGGCCAACCCGGGCUUGGCUACUUCUGCCUGGAAGCUGAAAAGGCCACACUCUACCAUCAAGCGGUCGUGGAGGACUACCUGCUGCCCACUCACCUGGAACUACCCAGCUUUGCUCCCCCGGCUCAGCUGGCUGUAACCAUCUACCCAUCAGAAGAAGGGGUGACUGAACGGGGAGCCUUAGGACGCAAGGGCCAGGGCCCCCGCAUGCUGUCUGCAGCUGUCCGAAUCCACCUGGACCCCCACAAGAAUGUCAAGGAGUUUUUGGUGACAAUAAGGCUACACAAAGCCACUCUACGCCACUACAUGGCCCCACCUGAGCAGAGCUGGCACUCCCAGCUACUGGACUUCUUGGAUGUCCUGGAUGACCCUGUGCUGGGCUAUCUGCCCCCAACAGUCAUCACUAUUCUCCACACACACCUAUUCUCCUGUGCUGUGGACUACAGGCCCCUCUACCUCCCUGUGCGAGUCCUCAUCACUGCUGAGACCUUCACCCUCUCCAGCAACAUUGUCAUGGACACCUCUACCUUCCUGCUCAGGUUCAUCCUUGAUGACUCCGCUUUGUAUCUGUCCGACAAGUGUGAGGUGGAGACCCUCGAUCUUCGGCGAGAUUAUGUCUGUGUCCUGGACAUCGACCUCCUAGAGCUGGUAAUCAGAACCUGGAAGGGCAGCACCGAGGGCAGACUGCUCUCGGAGAGCCCUGCCUCCCUGCCCUCAUGCCCUCCAGUGGAGACAGCCCUCAUCAACCAACGAGACCUGACUGAUGCCCUUCUGGAUACUGAGCGGCGUAGCUUGCGGGAGCUGGCCCAGUCAUCGGGUGACCCCCUUCCUCAGGCCUCUCCUGUCUCCCUCUAUCUCUUCCCCGGUGAACGGAGUGGGGCCCAGGCCCCUUUGCCUCCUCCUGGGGGCUCUUCUCAUACCUUGGAGUCAUAUUCUAAGGCAAAGGAGCAUGAAAAAGAAGAGGAAGGGGACGGAGACACCCUGGACAGUGAUGAGUUCUGCAUCCUUGACGCCCCUGGCCUAGGCAUCGCGCCCCGAGAUGGGGAACCCAUUGUGACACAGCUGCACCCAGGCCCCAUCAUCGUGCAGGAUGGAUACUUCUCCCAGCCACUGGGAAGCACUGACCUACUGCGGGCGCCUGCCCACUUCCCAGUGCCCAGCAGCCGUGUGGUACUACGGGAAGUCUCCUUCAUCUGGCACCUCUAUGGGGGUAGAGACUUUGGCCUUCACCCCACUCACAGAGCAAGAGUUGGUUUCACAGGCCCCAGGGUCUCCCCUUCCCGCUCCUCUGGUCCCAACCGACCCCAGAACUCCUGGCGUACCCAAGGUGGUAUCGGACGGCAGCACCAGGCUCUCAUGGAGAUCCAGCUCAGCAAAGUGAGCUUCCAGCAUGAAGUAUACCCAGAAGAGUCAGCCACAGGUGGGGGCCCUGGCCAGGAGCCGGAAGAGCGGCCACUGUCCCGCCAGGUGCUCAUUGUUCAAGAGCUAGAGAUCCGAGACCGGUUGGCCACCUCCAAGAUCAACAAAUUCCUUCAUUUGCACACGAGCGAGCGGCUGCCAAGGCGCUCACACUCUAAUAUGCUUACCAUAAAGGCGCUGCAUGUCGCUCCCACCAGCAGCCUGGGAGGGCCAGAAUGCUGUCUUCGGGUCUCCAUGAUGCCUCUAAGGCUCAAUGUGGACCAGGAUGCCCUCUUCUUCCUCAAGGACUUUUUUACCAGUCUAGUGGCUGGCAUCAACCCCAUGAUCCCAGGAGAUGCUUCUGCUGAAGCUCAUCGAGAAACCCACAGCCGGCCCAGCAGUCCCCAGGAAGGGCAGUCUGAGGGCACAGAGACAGCGAGUAGUCCCCAUGAGGUUCCAGGCAGUGGCCACAGCUCCUCUGACCCACAGCCCAUCUACUUCAGGGAGUUCCGCUUCACAUCUGAGGUGCCCAUCUGCCUGGAUUACCAUGGCAAGCAUGUCACCGUAGACCAGGUGGGCACUUUCACAGGACUGCUCAUCGGCCUGGCCCAGCUCAACUGCUCCGAGCUGAAGCUCAAGCGGCUUUGCUGCCGGCAUGGUCUCCUGGGUGUGGACAAGGUGCUGGGCUAUGCCCUCAAUGAGUGGCUGCAGGACAUCCGCAAGAAUCAGCUGCCUGGCCUACUGGGAGGCGUGGGCCCCAUGCACUCAGUUGUGCAACUCUUCCAAGGGUUCCGGGACCUCCUGUGGCUACCCAUUGAGCAGUACAGGAAAGACGGGCGCCUCAUUCGGGGGCUGCAGCGUGGGGCUGCCUCCUUUGGGUCGUCCACAGCCUCUGCUGCUCUGGAACUGAGCAACCGGCUGGUCCAGGCCAUCCAGGCUACAGCUGAGACAGUAUAUGACAUCCUGUCCCCGGCGUCUCCCAUCUCCCGCUCCCUACAAGACAAGCGUUCUUCACGGAAACUGCGCAGAGGCCAACAACCUGCUGACCUCCGGGAGGGCAUGGCCAAGGCUUAUGAUGCUGUCCGAGAGGGCAUUCUGGACACAGCUCAGACCAUCUGUGAUGUGGCAUCAAGGGGCCAUGAGCAGAAGGGACUGACAGGUGCUGUAGGGGGUGUAAUCCGACAGCUGCCCCCAACAGUGGUAAAACCAAUAAUCCUAGCAACAGAGGCCACAUCCAAUGUGCUUGGGGGCAUGCGAAACCAGAUCCUGCCAGAUGCGCAUAAGGACCAUGCUCUCAAGUGGCGCGUGGAGGAGACCCAGGACUGACUGCAGGCACCUAAGAUCUACCCACUGUCCCAACAUGCUCACUGUGUACAGCCAGCCACAGUGGUGCCACCAGCUCCCUGGUUUCCUGAUUGCUGUGACCCACAGCUAGGCCACCAGACCCUUCAAGGGAUGGCCACUGUGAAGGAUACCUGCCCAGUCUGCCUGUUGCCAAUUCGCCGUGAGAGUGGGGCCUCCCGUCCCGGCGUUGGGGCCUCUGCCCUGUCUGUGCACUUUCGUCUGGGGAGAAAGGACACUGCUCCUCCUGCUACCUGGGCCACACUGCUGCCUUGUUCCAGAAUGAGGAUGGAGGCUUUUGGACCCUUGAACCCCACUCAGCCAAGUGUCUCUCCGUGUCUCAUGGGGAGGUGGGGGAAAGAUGCCAUGUGGGUCGGUGUAUUUUUAAGAUCCCUGAGCGUGUGGGUCAGUGUCUGCAUGAAGUGGAAUAAACUUGCCCACCGCCA